AUGUCCAAGAAUAAGGCGCCUGUUCCUGAUGCUUGGGAGGACGACUGGGAGGCACAGGCCGACAAGGUCGUGAACGAGCCUGAGCAAUCGGCGCCCCAGGCUACUCUCACCAAGGCCGAGCGCCUUGCUCAGCACGCUGAGCAAAAUCGGAAGCUGUGGGAGUCUGCGGACACUCCCCAAACCUUUCACUACAUAGAGGCCAGCUCCAACUCGGGCGUCCCCCUCACAACCCCAUUCAAGCCCCAGGUCAAGGUGCUCAGCCGGAAGCCCGUCAUCGCCAAGCGGGAUCCCGUGACUGGCAUGACCGUCGACGACGACAACGAGGAGGCCAAGAAGGAGGUGCCCAUGAGCCCAGAAGAGAUUCGUGCCAAGCAAAAGCGAGACCGAGAGGAGAAGCAGCGGCGGUACGAGGAGGCCCGAGCCAAGAUCUUUGGCGAGUCGAACCCGUCGUCAGGAGCCUCAUCUCCGGGCACAGUUACCCCACCGCGGUCGGAUGGGCAUUUCAGUGGUCGUGGUCGGGGUAGGGGAAGAGGCGGAUAUAGGAACACCGAGAACCGCCAGUAUGAGAAUCGCCAGUACGACAAUCGCUCGUUUGACGCCCCGAGGAGGCAGAACAUGUCAGGUUCCGGUCGCGAGCUGUUCGAUCCAAACUCCACCCCGAGGCCUGAACCCAACAACCAAAGGCGACAGCCCGACCAGCCAUCGCCCAGGAGGAACCAGACGCCCCAGGACGAGCAGCAGCAGCAGCAGCAGCAGCAGCAGCAGCAGCAGAUUCCCAUUCGAACACCAAGAGGGCCAGACGGAAGUGGACGGGGAGGGUUUGGCUUCGCUCGAAGAGGAGGCUAG